UUUAUUCUCCAAAACGUAGUCCUAUAUAUUAUGGCAUUGACUGAAGAAGAAUUGCAAUAUUCCCAAAGAGAUAGUGGUGAGAUAAAAGGUGUAAAGUCUCAGGAGCUUAAGAAGAACUCUUGAAUAGAUGUCGUAUAGAUGCUCGUUCAAACGUACAAACACAUACACUCUGGUGGGGGAGUCUCACCACAGACCUCCGCCCUGACGUCACUGCCAGGAGCUGUCCACGCGGCGGUGGUGCUGAAGCUGAACAAGAUGGCUGAGUGCUGGGGAGCGGAGAGCUGAGAGAGAGAAGGUGGUCGGCGGAAAAGUCUCAGAUUUGGACAGACGCGCCACUAAAACGAGGACAGACGGGUUUACCACUCCGGAGCUCGGCCUGAAACAGUGAAGAGUUGAUUUACUGAGCAGCGGAACGAGCCCCGCCAGGCCCCGGCUCUGCUGCCGACGGCAGGCUUCUACCCGUCCGCAGCCCCGCGACCCUCUCCCCGGCUGCGCUGCCGCACAGAUUAGCUCAGUGGAGGAAGCUGGUGAAGAAGCUGGACCCGGUGCCAAAGGCGCUCAUAAGAAAUGUCAUUGCUGUGUGUUGGAGUGAAGAAAGCCAAGCUUGAUGGACCCCAAGAGAAAUUUAACACAUACGUGACCCUGAAGGUGCAGAAUGUUAAGAGCACCACCAUCGCUGUGCGCGGCAGUCAGCCGUGCUGGGAGCAGGACUUCAUGUUUGAAAUAAACCGCCUGGAUCUGGGCCUCACAGUUGAGGUGUGGAAUAAAGGGCUGAUCUGGGACACCAUGGUGGGCACCGUAUGGAUCCCCCUGCACAGCAUACGGCAGUCCAAUGAGGAGGGUCCAGGUCAGUGGCUGACGCUGGACUCCAACGUGAUCAUGGCUGAGAACGAGAUCUGUGGAACCAAAGACCCGACCUUUCACCGGCUGCUGCUCGACAUCCGCUUUGAACUGCCACUCGACAUUCCAGAGGAGGAGGCCAGAUACUGGGCCAAGAAACUUGAACAACUUAACGCCAUGAGAGAUCAAGAUUAUGCCUAUCAGGAGGAGCAGGAGCGGCCGCUGCACGCACCAACCACACAGUGCUGUAAUUGGAGUCUGUGGGGAGAUCAGCAAAACGAGGACCCCGACAGCGCCGUGGACGACAGGGACAGCGACUACCGCAGCGAGACCAGUAACAGCAUCCCGCCUCCGUUCUACACGACCUCUCAGCCCAACGCGUCCAUGCACCAGUAUCCCAUGAGGAACCAGCAAUUAAGACACUCCUGCAAUGACGAUAUCCACGAGUUGGCCUAUGACCACCGAGCCAUGAGUCCCACGGACAGUCGUUACGCCUCAUCAGGCGAGUUGAGUCGAGGCAGCUCGCAGCUCAGCGAGGAGUUUGUUCCCGAGGACGGCGGGAGCUUGCGUGGUUCGGAGUUCUAUGAUGAAAACGACUCCUACCACUCCUGCCACUCCUCGGUCAGCGGCGGCAAAGAGGAUUCCCCGGGCUGGGAGGGUGAAGAUCCCCAGGCCAUCUACAGCGACGAUGGAGCCUACCUCAAAGACGGAGGGGAGGAGGGGGCACUGUAUGAUGAAGAUGAGGGAGACAUAUACGGGGAGGAAGGAGAGUACAACUACGAAGAUGAGGAGGAGAUGCCGUAUGAGGAGGAUGAAGAUAUGUAUCAGCUUGACGGCACACUCAGUGAAUCCCAGGAACCGCCCUACACCCCCACACCCACAAGCACUGACCCCACCCUGAUGCCACCCUCUGAUGGUCAGUCCUCCCCCAGGCCGCCGCUGGAGAAGCAGGCGUCGUUGCAUCAGCAUCAGCAGCAGCCGGCGGCCCACGAUCAAAUCCAGCCUCCGAUCACAGCUCCUGGUCUACCUCCGGCCUCACAGGACGACAUGUUACCACCUUUCACUUCAGACUCGACUAAAACUCCCUUUGCAUUCCCACAGCCAGAUAUGUCCACCACCACAUCCAUACCCACUCCUGCAACCACUAUACCGGUUCCAGUCCCAGACUCCAAACCCCUGGAACCCGAACACAAACCUGAGUUAGCACUGGAGGAACCCAAACCUUCAGAGCAGCUUCCAGCAGCAGAAGGCGUCCCUCCAGCUCCUGUGGAGAAAACAGAGGAGCCUCCUGUUCCAAGUUUCCCAAGGAGAGAAAUCCUGGAGCCUGGUCCUGCCAGAGCCAAAGCCAACUGGCUUCGACUUUUCAGCAGAGUGCGACUACAGCUGCAAGAGGCCCGAGGAGAAAGUGUUGGCAUCGCCUCCCUGCUGCUAUCAGCAGGGAUGGGCGGCGCUCUGUACAGCAUCGACAGCAUGCCAGACCUCAGGAAGAGGAAAGCUAUGCCCCUGGUCAGAGAUCUGGCCAUGUCUUUGGUGCAGAACUCCAGGAAAGCAGGCAUCACCUCGGCCCUGACGUCCAGCACCCUCCAUAAUGAAGAACUGAAGUGUCAUGUCUAUAAGAAGACCCUUCAGGCUCUCAUAUAUCCCAUCUCCUGCACCACCCCACAUAACUUUGAGGUGUGGACCGCCACCACUCCGACUUACUGCUACGAGUGCGAGGGGCUGCUGUGGGGUAUCGCUCGCCAGGGCAUGCGCUGUACCGAGUGUGGCGUCAAAUGUCACGAAAAGUGCCAAGAUCUACUCAACGCUGACUGUCUGCAAAGGGCGGCGGAGAAGAGCUCCAAACACGGUGCGGAGGAUCGAACCCAGAACAUAAUCAUGGUCCUCAAGGACCGCAUGAAGAUCCGUGAGAGGAACAAACCAGAGAUCUUUGAACUCAUUCAGGAAGUGUUCACCGUCCUCAAGGCCACCCACGUCACCCAGAUGAAGCAGAUCAAACAGAGCGUGCUCGAUGGCACCUCCAAAUGGUCGGCCAAGAUCUGCAUCACAGUGUUGUGUGCUCAGGGUCUACAAGCCAAGGAUAAAACUGGUUCCAGUGAUCCUUAUGUCACUGUCCAGGUGGGAAAGACCAAAAAGAGGACCAAGACCAUCUACGGAAACCUCAACCCCGUCUGGGAGGAGACAUUUAAUUUCGAGUGUCACAACUCCUCAGAUCGGAUCAAGGUGCGCGUGUGGGAUGAGGACGACGACAUCAAGUCCCGUGUGAAGCAGAAGUUCAAGCGAGAGUCUGAUGACUUCCUCGGUCAAACCAUCAUCGAGGUCCGAACCCUGAGCGGAGAGAUGGAUGUCUGGUACAAUCUCGACAAGCGUACAGACAAAUCUGCUGUAUCUGGAGCCAUCCGCAUGCACAUUAAUGUAGAGAUCAAAGGAGAGGAGACGGUCGCCCCGUAUCACGUUCAGUACACCUGUUUGCAUGAAAACCUCUUCCACUAUAUGACAGACCUGCAGAACAACGGUGUGGUGAAGAUCCCUGAUGCCAAAGGGGAUGAUGCAUGGAAAGUUUACUUCGAGGAGACGCCCCAGGAGAUUGUAGAUGAGUUCGCCAUGCGCUACGGAGUGGAGUCCAUCUACCAGGCGAUGACCCACUUUGCCUGUCUGUCAUCCAAGUACAUGUGCCCAGGUGUGCCUGCAGUAAUGAGCACACUGCUGGCUAACAUCAAUGCCUACUAUGCCCACACCACCCAGGCAACUAACAACGUCUCUGCCUCUGACCGCUUUGCUGCUUCUAACUUCGGGAAAGAGCGAUUUGUCAAGCUUCUAGACCAGCUGCACAACUCUCUGAGGAUCGACCUGUCCAUGUACAGAAAUAACUUCCCAGCCAGCAGUCCUGAGAGGCUGCAGGAUCUCAAGUCCACAGUGGACCUCCUCACCAGUAUCACCUUCUUCAGAAUGAAGGUCCAAGAACUUCAGUCUCCGCCCAGGGCCAGUCAGGUAGUCAAGGACUGUGUCAAAGCUUGUCUCAACUCCACCUACGAGUACAUCUUUAACAACUGUCAUGAGCUCUACAGCCGCGAGUAUCAGACAGACCCGGCGAAGCAGGGCGCCGUGCCUCCAGAGGAGCAGGGACCGAGUAUCAAGAACCUGGAUUUCUGGUCCAAACUCAUCACACUUAUUGUUUCCAUUAUCGAGGAGGACAAGAACUCCUACACCCCCUGCCUGAACCAAUUUCCCCAGGAGCUCAACGUGGGUAAAAUCAGUGCAGAAGUGAUGUGGAACCUGUUUGCUCAGGAUAUGAAAUAUGCAAUGGAGGAGCAUGAAAAAAAUCGCCUGUGCAAGAGCGCAGAUUACAUGAACCUGCACUUCAAGGUCAAGUGGCUGUACAACGAGUACUGCAAAGACCUUCCCUUCUUCAAGAGCCGAGUGCCCGAGUAUCCUGCGUGGUUUGAACCAUUUGUCAUCCAGUGGCUGGAUGAAAAUGAGGAAGUGUCUCGAGACUUUCUGCACGGUGCUCUGGAACGAGACAAAAAAGACGGGUUCCAGGUCACAUCAGAACACGCCCUGUUCUCCUGCUCCGUGGUGGAUGUGUUUUCUCAGCUCAACCAGAGCUUUGAGAUCAUCAGGAAGCUGGAGUGUCCAGAUCCACAGAUUGUAGGACACUACAUGAAGAGAUUUGCCAAGACAAUCAGCAAUGUUCUACUGUCCUAUGCUGAUAUAAUCUCCAAGUGUUUUGCCAACUAUGUCACCAUGGAGAAAGUGCCCUGCAUCCUGAUCAACAACAUCCAACAGCUGAGAGUUCAACUGGAGAAAAUGUUUGAAGCGAUGGGUGGAAAAGACCUGUGUGUGGAGGCCAGCGAUAUCCUGAAGGACCUGCAGGUUAAGCUCAACAAUGUUAUGGAUGAUCUCAGCAGGGUCUUUUCUGUCAGUUUCCAGCCUCAUAUUGAGGAGAACGUGAAGCAGAUGGGAGACAUCUUGGCCCAGGUGAAGGGAACUUCAAACGUAGGGAAUGCCAGCAGCGUGGCGCAGGAUGCUGACAACGUCCUGCAGCCCAUCAUGGAGUUCCUUGACAGCAACCUGACUUUGUUUGCUAAGAUCUGUGAGAAGACUGUGCUGAAGCGUGUAUUGAAGGAGCUGUGGAAGCUGGUGAUGAACACCAUGGAGAAGACCAUCGUCCUGCCGCCGCUCACAGACCAAACGGGCACUCAGCUCAUCUUUAACGCUGCCAAGGAGCUGGGACAGCUGUCCAAGCUGAAGGAGCACAUGGUUCGUGAGGAGGCCAAGGCACUCACGCCCAAGCAGUGUGCGGUGAUAGAGCUGGCCCUCGACACCAUUAAGCAAUACUUCCAUGCUGGUGGUGUGGGUCUGAAGAAGACCUUCCUGGAGAAGAGUCCUGACCUCCUGUCUCUGCACUACGCCCUGUCCCUCUACACUCAGGCCACAGACAAACUUAUUAGGACCUUUGUCUCUUCACAGAACGCACAAGUGUUCGGCGGGAAGGGGGUGAGGUUCACCACUAGUGAGGAUGUUUACCCAGACAAGGGCUCUGGGGUGGACGAUGCUGUGGGAGAGGUGUCCAUCCACGUGGAGAUCUUCACUCACCCCAACACUGGAGAGCACAAGGUCACAGUGAAAGUCGUGGCUGCCAAUGACCUGAGGUGGCAGACGCAGGGAAUUUUCCGGCCCUUCGUGGAGGUCUACAUCAUCGGCCCCCACCUCAGCGACAAGAAGAGGAAGUACGCCACAAAGUCGAAGAACAACAGCUGGGCUCCCAAAUACAACGAAACCUUCCCAUUCACCCUGAGCAGCGAGGUGGGUCCUGAGUGCUACGAGCUGCAGGUGUGUGUGAAGGACUACUGCUUCGCCCGAGAAGACCGCACCGUGGGAAUGGCCGUCUUGCAACUGAAAGACAUGGCCUCCAAGGGCAGCGUCGCCUGCUGGCUGCCGCUGGGUAAACGCAUCCACAUGGACGAAACGGGCCUCACCGUGCUGCGCAUCCUCUCCCAGCGCAACAAUGACGACGUGGCCAAGGAGUUCGUCAAGCUCAAGUCCGACCAGCGCUCUGUAGAGGAGGGCCGCAGCUAAGACUCAAAAAAAUAAUUUAAAAAAAGACUGUUUGGAACCUGAAUCAGAUGUCGCCACCUACUGCCCUGGAGCUCUCUCGCGAGCCACUGCUAGCCACUGCCCUGAUGAUCCAGUGUUGUAAAAGCACAGAUAAGACAGUCACCACACACCCAGUGCUGUAAAUACAUUCAUUUCAGUGGGAAACACGUAGUGCUGAGCAAAGCAUCACUUUCAUUUUCUUCACACAAAAAAAGGCCCCAGUGUCUUUAUUGUCACAGAUAUCAACCGUCCUUAUGAAGAACAGCACAUACACUUUAAUCCUAGAGCAUAUAUAUAUAUACUUUCUAUCUAUAUAGGUGAGUCAUGCUGUUCCAUAACCAAUGGCAUGACCACCCACCCACACAUGCCCACAUCCUUCCGGUUCCUCUCCUCCCUCCCGGCCUGCACCCGCUCAGAGAAGGGAUUGCAAGUGCCAAGAGAUAAACGCUGAAACAUCCCGAGACCAGCCCUAAGCACAAUGGGACCAACUGACCCAUUAACGACAACGACAAUGGCUGCACUGCCUCAAACAUUCCAGAUAUUAUGGAGGGGAACAAAGCACUAUUUAUUUUUAUUUACAGCUUUCUUCCGAGUUAUAUUUAUAUUUGAAUACCAUUAUAAAUAUAGAAUAAUAUAUGAAGGACGUAAUGUUUAGUAGUUAUAAAGGGAUUAUUCAAUGGACGUGUGCCACUUGAGAAAUAGUCCUCGUCUGUCUUUCUGUCCAUCGACCCUGUAACAGAGCACACUGCCUGACACCCUCAAUGCCUUCUGUCCCGUUGACCCUCGUACAUAUGGUUUGUGCGUCAUCAAUACAGCGACUGUAUAGAGAGAUGAAUCUGAUGAAAACACACCUGCAGGCACUGUGAUUCAUCAGAGUGUGUGUGUGUGUGCGUGCGUGCGUGUGAACGUAUGAUCAGAGUUUGUAAUAUGUUCUAAUGUCGACCUCAUGUAGCCGCCCGUGUUGCCUGUUACCUGCAGAUGUAAUCACAAAGCCAUCACAAACAAAGAGCGUCACACAGAGGAGGGGUUUCUUCAGAUUCUGGCUGGAUUUGGAAGAGAUUAUUUGACUUUAGGGGUAAUCAAACUUGUGUCUUCUGAUGGUUAUUCCAUCUUCUUUGUGUUACUAUAAACAUUCCACAACCAGACGGCCCUAAACUGGGUGUGUGAGAGGUGAAGUACUCUACCAAAUCCAAAUCAGCACGUAAGCAGAUGAUAAAAACAAGUUCCCUGAGACCUUAUUUUGCAAAAGCAACCUCCCGUGGGUUAGAAAACAGCAGCACCUGCCCCCCAGGGAGAGCACAAACCGUUAAUGAUCCCACUACCCAUCAUUCCCUAAUGAUACCGCCACAGGUGCUGUAGCCCUAUUCCCUGAUAAGAAGAAGUCCGACCUCUGCUAAAGGGCUGUAGAUCCACACCACACCAGGGUCUGGUACCUACACUUAAAAAGAGGGCCUACAGUUCAGUCUGUUGCUCUAAUCAGUGGAGAGAGAAGCAUGGAGAUUUUAGAAGCACAAGGUCGUCGCUGCACCUAUUUCAACACGUUUAUACUGAGCUUGUCCUUCAGUGAUUGUUUAUAAAUUUACAUCAGUGUCAUGUGGAAAUAAAUGUAGUGAAAUGGCCAUUGACUGUCCAGCAUGUCACUUCUAUUUUCAGUGAAUGCCCCAUGAAAAAAAGAAAAAAAGAUUUAUUUGCCUGUUUGAGGUUUAUAUGCUUGUUGUGAUUUUAAAAACAGCAUCCGAAUGAGGAAAUGAUGAUCAGGGUCAACGAGUUAAAACGACAGGUUGUAUGUUUUGUUGUUCUCUUCCUGCCUCUUUGUUACAUCGCCCCUGACGAGUGCCUCUCCCGCCCAGAGCACUUGACGAUAAAUUAAUAAUUUAGAAGACCCCCUUCUUUUUUGAACAAGGUGUAAGAACUGAACUCUAUGCAUUUAAAUCUAUAAUUAAAAUCUAUGUAGAUGAGUCAUUUAUGAAAAAGUCUUAUAAUGUUUACAUUGUGGAUUAUUAUUCAGAUUAUAUCAGCACAAGCGUUUGUCUGAUAUGUUGUUAAUGCCGUCUAUAUUUUAACAGGCCGGAUCUCGCGGGUGUAGUCGAGCUGAUCAGAGCUGGGACUUGUUUGUACAGCGUCUCAGUGCAGAUUAGAAUAAUCUGGAACAGACAGAGAUUGAUAUUGGUGUUGGUGUUGCACAGUGUAAAUAGCUCAGAUGUAACAGACACACGUCAGACUAUGUGAAGUGAAGUUUGCUGCUCUUUUGUAGACUUGAAUUUUACUCUGGGUGAAUGGGCAGUUGGGAAAUGAUGUUUGUGUGUGUGUGUGCUUGCGUGCGUGAGAGAAGGUGCCCAUUCAGGAAAUGUAGCUGUUAUUAAGAGUUAUAUUAAGACUGCGUACACACAGGAUAUGAUGAUGAAACAAUAUGGACGAAUCUGAUAAUGAGCUUGUUAAGCUGCUGCAAAAAGGAAGAAGUGAGGAACUGAGUCUAAAGAAUGUUGGUGUGUACAAGGUCUUUUCCUCUAAUGGAACAUCUGCACAUUCUUUUAAUAACUUUACAUAACAGGUAAACAACCGUCACAUAGCAGUAAUUGCCACGAAAAAUAAAUCUUUAUUUAUUGCUGUUGACAAUGAUAUUUUAGAGGAGGAGGUUUGGGUGUAACCAGGCUGGCAUGAGACACAGAGAUGUUAAUGGAGUAUAAAUGUAAAAGCACAACAAAAAGCACAGACACAAAGUCGACAGACAUGCAUGAUCUGUUCUGUUCUGUGCAGCGGGGCCGCGGGGCCGCGGCCACACAGAAGGGCACCUGCGCCGCCAUGCCGGUUCCUGUACUUCCAGAAAUGGUGCAUGAUAGGAACAAUAAAACAAAAAGGAAAAAAAUAUUAUUGUGCCAGCACGCAUUAAUUAUUUGAUGUUAAUUGCCAAUCGUUGUCUCCUUUAUUUUGUAAUAUUUCCUUCUUGUUUUCUAUUUUUCAAAUGGUUGUGAAUAUAUAAAUAUGUAUUACUGAUGAUGUGUAGUGGUACAAAGUACUCGCAUGGGAAUUUUUUUUAUACACGAGAUGUUUCUAAUUUUUUUUUUUUUUUAUAUUCUGGUUGUUCUUAUUGGGGGUUGAUUGGGGCUGAUGUCCCACUGUGUUUCUGCUUCCAAUAAAAGAUGGAGAAAAA